CCGGGCACCAACGAGGAGGCGACCCCGUAGCAAGGGGAAACAGGAUGGCAGACGAGGCCGCUAGGGCGGCAGCCCUGAGCCAACAGGUGCUCCCGUUAAAGACAACUGAGCCCACCCAAGUAUCGAGGGAACCACCUUUCCUCUAUUCGGACCAAGACUUAGAUACGAUCCAGCGGCUCGGUGCAGAGUAUGAUGAACAAAUAAGGGUUUGGAGGCUCGGAGAGAAAAUAGUCCUGCCACACCAAUUGGCUAAAGAAAUAAUUACCAACCUCCAUCAAUGGACUCAUUUGGGACACAAAAAGCUAAAAGCAGCCUUACAGGAAGAUAGGCAGUCUUAUUACAUCCCCGGACUUGACUCUUUAGUCCAGCAGGUGACUGAAUCCUGUGUUCCGUGUGCCAAGGUAAAUGCCAGACACCUCAAGCUCCCGGAGGGAGCUAGGGUAAGAGGAGACCGACCAGGAAUCAACUGGGAGGUCAAUUUCACUGAGAUAAGGCCAGGCAGCUAUGGGAAUAAGUAUCUUCUAGUUUUUGUAGACACCUUCUCCGGAUGGACUGAGGCAUUCCCCACAAAACGGGAAACCGCCCGGGUGGUCGUCAAGAAGAUCAUAGAGGAGAUCUUGCCCCAGUUCGGCUUGCCUAAGGCCCGGUUGAGAGCGCUCCAGAUCAUCCAGAACCAGGUCUGGAAACCUCUUGCAGCAGCCUACCAACCCGAGACGACAACCAUCCCACAUCCUUUCCAAAUCGGAGACGCUGUGUAUGUCCGAAGGCACCAAUCUAAGACUCUAGAGCCCCGGUGGAAAGGCUCCUUCACUGUGCUGUUGACAACUCCCACCGCUCUCAAGGUUGACGGAAUCGCUGCUUGGGUCCACGCCUCACACGUGAAGCGAGCACCACCCCCCCAGGGCCCCGAGGAUCCGGAUAGACCAGCCAAAUGGAAGCUCCAGCGCACUCAGAACCCACUCAAGCUAAGACUUUCAAAAACUGUUUAAUAUUUGUGAUGUUCCUGGCCUUUCCCCGUUGUUUUUCCAAUCCCCAUGCUCCACAAUUGUUAACGUGGGACCCAACCCAGUCCAGCAAGAACAGAGUUCCCUCCCUCCAGUGAGGCAGGCUCUCCCCAGGCCACCCCUCCCGCCAGCCACCCUUUCGCCUAGCUUGGCAAGUUUAACUCCAAACGCUUCAAGCCCCCGUACAACCGGACAGCGGCUGUUUAACCUUUUGACAGGGGCCUUUCUGGCCCUCAACCAGACCAAUCCGGAGCUGACCGAGUCCUGCUGGCUAUGCCUAGCCCCAGGUCCACCUUAUUACGAGGGCCUCGCGGUCCCCAGGACCUGGAAUGGCACUACAGAGGCAAAUAAUUGCCUCUUGCCCCUUCAGCCGCGUCUCACUCUUACAGAGGUGUCGGGACAAGGUACUUGUGUAGGAAAUCCUCCCUUGUCCCACCGACACUUGUGCAAUGUCACCCACAAUGUUACUAUACGAGACGGCCCAUGUAUUCUUAACAGGUUGCUCCAGUUUAUCCGCGAGAGGCUUUUCCUUGUCCAAACCCUGGUGCUGACUCAACAGUACCAGUGUCAAGCUUCAAAGACCUCCGAGGUCCAAUAGAUUUUAGGAUUAAAAUCUGUGCAAAAAGAAAAGGAGGGAAUGAAGGACCCUAAUGGGGGAGAGGGACAAGAAACUAGGCCUGGGCAAAUAUCAGGGGCUUCUUAAGAGGUUAGAUGUUCCCCAGAGUCCAGCGGGCAGGACGUUCUCUGGGAAGGAAAAGUCAAUCCCCUUCAGAGAACCUCUAGGCACACCCAGAGCAGAACUGCCCCUCCCCUUCGGAGAGUCUCUAGGCGCGCACUUAUGAUGUCACUGCGACCGGCCAAUCCUGUAACACCUCAGCACUCUCCCUCAGCAUUCUCCGGUAUGCUAAUUGUCCCUCCGAACCAGCCAAUCCCGUGCCACCUCUGCAUUUUCCACCAGCACUCUCCACCAGCAUUCUUCGCCAGCAUUCUCCCAUAUGCUAAUGUCCCUCUGAACUGACCAAUCCUAUGCAUGCGCAUUAGGAAUAUGCUAAUUCGUUGCCUAUAUAACCUGUGUGAAACUGCCGCUCAGGGCUCCUCACUGCCUGAGGUGGGGGCCCAUUU